AUAACCCUGAAACCGCGGCUACAUCUGUCAUACACCAACAUUGGAAAUGCUCCGCUCUCAACACUUCAAGACUUCUUUGUCGAUUCUGUGUUUGGCGUUCAUUGUACUAACCAUACGAGCCACGCCAUGCCGUAAUGGUCAGCACUGCCGAGAAUGUGACGAUGACGGAGACUGCUCAACACAGUGUGAACGUGGAUACUUUGGGAAGAAAUGCAGGUCAGAGUGCAGCAGCAGAUGCACACAUAAGUCGUGUAACCUCACAGCGGUAGGCAUCGAGACUUGCACGGAGGGAUGUGUUCCAGGAUUCAUGGGUACAAGCUGCAAGAUACCAUGUGGCAACCCUGGGAUACAGUGUACGGAGUGUGAAGGUGGAUGUGAUGGCGGGUACUGCAUGCUGAGUCCUACGUUGUGUGUUUCUGGAUGUGUUGACUCCUACUAUGGCCUUGACUGUAAGCACUGCUCUGAGAGAUGUAAAUCAUGUAACAGGUCUACAGGAAUAUGUGUCCGUUGUCCUCGUCCAUACAGAGGUCUGAACUGUGAGAAGUCAUGUGAGAACUGUGCAGGAUCUUGUGAGUCUGGAUGUGAAGGAGGCUGUAAACCUGGCUUCUAUGGACAUUGGUGUGAUGAGGUGUGCAGUGAAAACUGCCGCUCUGGUCCCGACAGAGAUUCAGUUUCUGUCUUGGAAUGUGACAGAAAUACGCCCAACAACUGUAUCCGGGAGUGCGACAACAACACAGGAGAUUGUAUCCACGGUUGUAAUGUCGGGUGGUAUGGUACUAACUGCUCAUGUCGCUGUAGCUCGAAUUGUGCAAAUCUGUCCUGCACUGAGUCAGGAGCGUGUGUAGAUGGUUGUGCACCAGGGUAUGCUGGGACUGACUGCUCAUGCUAUGAGAACUGUAUUCAAGAUAUUUGUCACCCCAACUUCGGACACUGUGUGAAAGGAUGCAUCAACGGUUAUUAUGGUGCCUUUUGUAACAACACCUGUGAGAUCUGUCUUGACGGCAUAUGUGAUUGGGAAUUAGGAACCUGCAUUCGAGGAUGUAAUUUUACUGACCUUCGAUGCAAAUCGACCUGUACACAUGAUUGUCCCUUAGAUGUUUGCCUUACUGAUGUGUCUUGUGAAGCAGUCAAGCAGGCGCAGAUGGAUAUCAAGUAUAUCGUAAUAGGACUGUCAACAUUGCUUGUUCUUACUGGCAUCCUCUGUGUAUUUUGUCUUGGAAAACGCUGGUCGAAAAGAAGGGACGCUGAAGCAAACAACUAUAUAGUCGAGUACCAGCCUCCAUCAAACAGAUAUUGGGAAAUAAGAGAAUCAGAUGUGGACCAAGAAUGUGACUACCCUGAAAAUGAGUCAUCUGGUGUUUUGGCAAAACAGCUUCAGGAGUCAUACGGUAGAGGGGCGCACGGUGACAUUUCCUCCGAUGAUACUUCUGGAGACAACCCGUCGUACACUCACCUAGUGAGGGACAUCGGUGUCGAUGAUAAAACAACCGAUAUCAAAUAUAUAACACCAUCCGGGGAAAAGGAUGUGGAGUAAACUAUAAUACCGAGGGCAACCCCUAUCCCUCCCACUUGUGGAGGUUGAAGGGGACCUCCUCAUAUAUCUGUUUUAGAUCAUUCUCCCAGACACUGGAAGUAGGGAAAGUCUGGUUGAUCAUUGGAUUUGCAUCAAGUGAGGACAUUACGUAAUAUUUUGUAAUAUUUUGUUUUCAAAAUAUAUUAAUAUGGGAACACACACCAUUAUAACGCAUUCUAAAAGAAGCACUUUCACAAAUGUAAGAAUGAGAACCAGUAGGGUGCUUGUGCCAAAUGUGACUGCACAAAUUCGAACUCUCAAAUUCGCCCCUGCAAUUGUUUUUCUCAAACACGAACUGAAGACUGCUUGUCGUGACAAGGGACAUAUUUUUGAAGGUCAAGUUCACUGGUUUUCAUGCAUAUUUGGUUGAAAAAGUAAAACGAUUGUUUCAUAGAUUUGAUUUUGGAAAUGUAUGCAAUAAUACUUGACUUUGUUGUGGGACAGUUGCCGAUCCUGUGAUGGUUUAGUUUGCUAUAUUUGUGUGUGCUACACGUGAAGCCUAUGUAUAUAUGGAUAUUAUGUAUAUAUAAUGAUAUAUCUGUCCAUCAAAUUGUGCUGAUUGUUUUGAUGUGGUUUUUGUCUAUUUUUCUUAUAUAUGGAAAUGGAAAUGAGAGACGGCUUCAUCUAUUUACUAUUUAGAUGUAUUCAUGUAGAUUCAGAGUGAAAAGAGGGAUGAUUUCCACUCUCCAAUAGUCAACUUUCUCUCUUUGUCGAACGACCCGUGAAGAUUCCGGGGUAGAAUAGGUCUUGAACAACCCAUGCUUGCCGUAAAAGGCGACUAUGCUUGUCGCAAAAGGCGAUUGACGG